AUCAUCAGCAAUAUGGUUUAGUUCAUUGAAUUAUCUGAUCAUAUAUAAAUGUAAAAAAUCAUAAAUAUUUUUUCCAAUUCUUUGUCAUAACUUUAUUUGUGGGCUUUUAAUUGAAUGAGAAAUGAAUAUCCGGUCGUCAUUGUUGCUAUUAAUGAUAUCAACAACAUGUAUAAUUACAAUUGUUGUUGGCCAAUACAUGCCUUUGCAUUUACAACCACAGAUUACAUUGGUAAAUGAAAUGGCAUCUCCAUCGUUAACCAUAACAAUUUUGCCAAGGGAAAGGUCUCCGAUUCAGUUAUUAUUUCAAACCUCUUUAAAGCCAUCUACACAAACAAUGACAAAUCAAACAUUGUCAUUUAUGUCGACAUUAUCGCAGCCAAGAAUGAUACCGGAAACCACGGUUACAAAAAUCAAUGCAAUUGCUCCGAUUACACAACUUUUGGUCGAAAAAGAUAGUCCAAAUUCACCGCGGAUAAAAAACUCGAAAAAAAGACCUAAAACUGCUAUAAAUGAUUAUGCCGCUUUGGCUUCGAAUAGCCAUUCCAAUGCCAAAUCUUCGAAUUCAAUUCCUUAUAAUAAUGAUAUCAUUGAAUUAUUAAUCAAUAAAGCGACUGAUCCUAAUUCGGUACAUGAUCCUCAACCGGUUACCAACUUUCUUAAGAAUCAAUCACCUGAAUUACAUCAAUACCACGCUUCAAAUGGUGAUCGGGUAUCAUUUCUACAAAAAUUGACGGGCGGACAAGGAUAUGGUCAUCAGCCAACCACGUCAUUCCUAGGAGGCAGUAUUUAUUUUAUAGAACAAACCACCGGAAAUUUUCCACAAAGAUACUAUCAUUAUCAAUUACAACCAAAAACAUCUUAUCUGUCGAAAUCAACAUUUUCAUACGAACCGUACAUACAACCAAAUUCAUAUGCAACAUUUGUCUAGGCUCCACUCACUACUGUCAAUCCACCCCAUAAAACUUUUCAUUUACCAGGUUUGUUUUAAAAAACAAAAUUCACAGUAAAUUUUUAUUAAAAGAGUAUAAAAUCAAAAUGAUCAUCACAAUAAGCAGCUGACCUGGCGAAAAUAUUGUAGUUGUCAUUGUAACUUGUGGAUACAUUGCAAACUAAUUGCAAAGCCAUCCACAAGUUACAAUAAAUACAAAAAAAAGAAGACAAUACGUUGCCGAAAAUUUUGAUUAAAUAAUUCAGCUAAAAUCCUUUCAUAUAUGAUUGUUUUGUUAAAAUAAAUUCAAUUUAUCCGAUGAUUAUCUGUUAUGGCGUUCGACGACUACACCGAUGAUAACGACCUUGAUCAUGAAAAUAUCGUUUUCAACUACAUGAACAAUAUAAAGAUGAUUUUAAUUUA